GUAAAUCUAUUAAGUUGCGAAACGGUCAAACAUCAAUAUGAUGCGAUCAUGCAUCAUUUUAUUAAAACUGUUAUUGAUUUGUAAUUUCCUUACAUUUAUUAAUUGUAAAGGUUCUUACAGCAUUAACGCACCCGGCACUAUUCAAUCAAACCGAAAAUAUACAGUUUCUGCUACACUUCAUAAUGUCUCGGAACCUGCUACUUUCCGUAUCGGAAUACGUAGCAAUUUGUCUUGGACCCAAACAGAACUGGUUGAGCUCCAGCCAUGCGAAACUAAAAUGCUUGAUUUUUAUCCGCCUAAAUUAGAAUCAGAUAAACUAUACGAACUAAUUGCCGAAGGUGUCAAGGGUUUGUAUUUCAAGAGUAGUACACUCAUUCAGGUUGGACCCAACAAGGGUGUAAAUAUUUACAUAGAAACUGAUAAGGGUGCGUAUAAGCCUGGAGAUUUACUGCGAUUUCGUGUCGUUAUAUUGGAUGUGCAUGGCAAGCCGAUGAACUUUAUAGAGCCAAUAAAGGUUCAAAUAUUUGAUGCCUCCAAUAAUCGUGUCAAACUGUUCAAAGACAUACCUUUAAAGAAAGGUGUUUACACAGAUGCAUUUCAAAUAUCCAAAGAACCCCUAUUAGGUACCUGGUCUAUAAAGGUUUUCAUUGGUGGAAAAUAUGCCAUCGAAAAAGAAGCCAAAGUUGAGAUUGAAAAAUAUAUAUUGCCUAAGUUCAAGGUUCACAUUCAAACCGAUGAAAAUUUUGUUGAAGGAGAUCGUUAUAUGAAAAUCAAUGUAUUCGGUAAAUACACCUACAAUAAAUAUGUGCAGGGAAAAGUAAAUUUGACAAUAGAACAACCUAUCUAUGAUGGAAAUUUGGGUAGUUAUACGUCUGAUGUUGUUGAUUUUCAGGCAAAAUUUGAAAUUGAUUGCAACGAAUUUUAUAAUUUGAUAAGCAAAGUAUUAAUUGUUAGCGCUUCGCUAAUAGAAGAACAAACAGGUAUCGUUCAGACUACCGUAACUAAAAUCCAUCUACAAACACAGAGGUAUAAAAUAACCAUACCCUUUGAGGAGAUGGAAUAUCGAAACGAAAUACCUUAUCGGAUAAAGGCAAAAGUACAGCAUUGGAAUGGCUCCAUAGUUAAUGAUCGGGAAACAAGCAUGUUUAUGCAACAUGGCACCACAAGGUAUGAAUCAAAAUUAGAUGACAAUGGAAUGGCCACAUUCGAGUAUGGCUUCUCGGAAAAUGAUGGUUACACAUUUUCGUUUAAAAACUCUAUAGGACGAAUGUACAAUUUUAUACCCUAUGACUAUUCAUUCAAGCCGGAAGAACAGUCUCUUCAUUGCAAUUUAAAAUUGAAGAAUAAACGCCCACAAGUUAAUACAGAGAUUAAAAUAGACGUUAAAUCAAAUCAAAAUAUACCUUAUAUAGUCUACACACUGACAUCGCAUGCCAACAUUAUAAAAAGUGAAUUCGUUCAAUUAGAUUCCAAUACAAACUCUUAUACAAUCCAGCUGAUGGCGAGUAAGGAAAUGACACCGACUUCAUUUCUAUACGUUCACUAUAUGGUCGGUGGUAAUAUGAUUUAUUGUGAAACAGAAAUUGAGCUACCCGUAGUGCUUGAAAAUACGUUGUCCAUUUUCGCACCUAGUGACGUCCGACCUGGCGAAGACAUUACAAUGACAAUUAACGCCCAACCAGGUUCACAUGUUGCAAUUGUUGCUGUUGAUUUCAGUUCCCUCAUAUAUCGUUCUGCCUAUAGAAUAAACAAAAAUCAUCUUUUGUAUAUCAUGCGAAGUGAUGUAAGCUACUCUUUAGGAGGUUCUCGUAGAAAUCCGGGUGUAAUAUCCGGUCUAGUUACAUUAACUGAUGGACAUUAUGUGAGAGAAAACGAUUUUAUGCCUAUCGGUGUGGAGAAAACCGGCGUCGCUGGACUUGCGGAAAGUCACCCCAUGUCCCAUGAUUGGAGUAUCGCAGAUAUGCGCUCUUACUUUCCGGAAACUUGGAUAUAUUCAGAUUUUGAAGUCACUAGUGCAGUAACAACGAUUAACUUCAAAGUACCUGACUCUAUAACGACUUGGGUUGUUGAUGCUUUUUCGAUUAAUGAGAAAACCGGUAUUGGGCUUUUGGAUUCCUCUGUGAAAAUAACCGCUUCAAAAUCAUUUUUUAUCAACACAUAUUUACCAUAUUCGAUUAAGCGUGGAGAAAUCGUUUCCAUACCCAUAGUUAUUUUCAAUUACAACCCAGAAAGUUUAAAGACCGAUGUUGUAAUGGAGAACUCAUUGGACGAAUUUAAAUUUGUAGACAGCAUGAGUAAUCAAACCACCAACUCUUUAGUUGAACAACGAAAUAUAAUUGUACCGGCAAAUGGUGGUAAAAGUGUUAAUUUCUUAAUAUACCCACAGAAACUUGGUAAUAUUGAGAUACGUGUUAAAGCUAAAAAUAAAUUAGCAACUGAUGGAGUUUUGCAAAAACUAACAGUUGAGCCGGAUGGUUUGGCCAUAGCACAUAAUCACGAACUGUACGUUUCACUGAAACCGGAAGAAACCUUCACCAACUACUAUAAGACCAAUAUACCGGCCGAUGUUGAACCCGAUUCGGAAUUUCUUCAAUUGUCAAUAAGUGGCGAUGUUCUAUUGCCAUCCUUGGACAACUUAGACGAUUUAGUUAAUAAACCCACUGGUUGUGGUGAACAGAAUAUGAUACGUUUUGCUCCCAAUAUUCUUGUGCUGGAAUAUCUAAGUGCAACGCGACAAACUUCAAAGUACACAAAGCUAGUCGCGAAAGCUAAGAAAUUUACUGAAAUCGGUUAUCAGCAACAGUUGAAGUUUCGUCAUAAGAAUGGUGGUUAUAGUGUUUUUGGUCCAGGGCGGAGUCGUAAACCAAGUAACUGGUUAACAGCCUAUGUUGUACGUUUCUUUAUUAAGGCUCUUAAAUAUCAGCCCAUCGAGCCGCAAAUUAUUGAGAGUAGUUUAAGUUUUUUGGCUAAUCAACAAUUGAGCCACGGCGAGUUUGCAAAUGCUGGUUAUGUCUUUCAUCCGGCCUAUCAAAGUAGUUAUGGUUUUACGGCAUUUGUGUUGUUGUCGUUUUUGGAAAAUAAGAAAUAUGCCAAUCAGUACCAAGAGAUAAUACAAAAAGCUCUUGCUUUCCUAUCCAACAAUAUGGAUGAAAUCAAUGACAUCUACUCCUUGGCCAUUAUGGCAACAACAUUUCAAAUGGCCAAACACGAACAUGCUUCUGUUGUGCUAGACAAGCUUAAGCCAUUGGCCAAAACAGAAAAUGAUUUACAAUGGUGGGAGGCCAGUACAGGUGAUCGUGUAACUAAUAUAGAAAUCACAUCUUAUAUUUUAUUGGCUUUAUUACAUACACCCGGUCAAUAUUUGCCCAUAGCAAAAUGGCUGCUGGAACAGCGUAACAGUCAUGGUGGUUUCAAGUCAACACAAGAUACUGUUGUUGGUUUACAGGCUCUGAUUAAAUUCUUCCAGUUCACUGCGCCACAAAAUGACACUCUGAUAAAGGUGUCGUAUAGAGCUUUAGGUGUACAAAACGAAGAAUUAGAAAAUAAUGUUUUGGGUCUAGAACCCGACAAUGCGAAGAUUAUGCAACAUCAGCAGCUGCCACCUGCCACACGCUCCAUAGACAUUGAAAUUUCUGGUACUGGCAGUAUUUUCCUACAGUUCUCCUAUAAUUAUCGAUUAUCAUUGAUAAAGAGACGGAUAUUCAACGAAGCUACCAAAGAGUUACCAAAAAGUUUUAUUGUUAAAACUCAAGCCGAAUUAGCUGCCAAUAGUUUAACAAUGAAUGUGACACUAAGCAUUGUCUAUACGCCACUAGACGAUGUCAAACAUUUAAAGACAAACAUGAUUGUUGCAGAAGUCAAUUUUCCCUCCGGUUACAUUGCCAACGAGGAAAAUGUCGAAGAAUUCAGAAAUAGUGAUUAUGUCGAUCGAGUUGGAGAUAGUCAACCAGAUAAAGUAGUUUUAUAUUUCGCAUAUAUCGAGCCGAAUAAAGAGAAGACAAUCAGUCUGUUGGCCGACAAAAAGGAUGAUGUGAGAAACCUGAAACCAUCCACGAUUUUAGUUUAUGAAUACUAUCAUUCGGAUCGACAGGUUGCGGUAUCGUAUGAAAUUCAACAUAAUUAAAUUGUUUAUAAAUAAAUUUGUACAUCUUUUUAGCAAAA